GCCUGAUCCAUCGUGUCCAAACCAUUAAGGAGGAGACUGGGUGUGAUGAUAAUGUAUUGAUCAGAUUGUGAUGGAUGGCCGCUGAGGAUAUAUAAGUGAAGUUCUCAGUCGGGACUGAGGUAUAUUCCAGAUUUGACCAUCUGAAGAAAGAGGCACCAUGCUUUCUGUGGCUCUGUUUUACCUCGUGGCUGUGAUUUGUUCUGCAAGACGGACACAUGCUCUGCCUCUGUACCCUGACACCAACCUGGAGCCACAGGCAGAGUUCAUUCAGAAAUUAGUGUCAGAGGUCGAGGAUGGGCCCAACACUGCUGAGGGGGAACAAAGAGAUGUGAAUAAUCUGUAUCCUCUGCUGCUGCAGCACAACGGAGGCAGAGACUCCUGGAAUAAAGGGACUAAAGAUUCAACACAACAAGAUAGGUUUGCAAACAUGGUCGAUGACCUCAAAGAGGCUGUUUUGAAGCUGGCGGCGGCCGACAAACUUCGCUCUCAGGGUUUUCUCAGAUCGGAGCAGAACUUGCCAAAAACGAACAAAAGAGCGUGUUUCUGGAAAUACUGUGUGACCAACUAAAGCACAGCGGCAGCGGCGAGAGGACAUUUGGUGAGAUUUUGGCGAGGCCUGGACGGAAACAACUUCUCUCUCCGUCAUCAUUUCUGUUUCCAACCAAACAAUAUGUUCAUCAUGGUCAAAACUGGAUCAACAGAAAAUAUAUUUUUGAAGUUGUAAAAUGGUCUUUUUUGUGGCUGAAAAUAAACUUGAAUAUCAGAAAUGCCA